CAAAAUACUGGGAAAUAUCACUUCAGCUCCAACUUUUUACAACGAACGGCAUGGCGAUAUAUUAAAAUUAAUUGACACUUCUACUUCUUCGGUCACCCUGCUCGCAAAUUGUGGUUUCGUAAUCGGUCUAACUAAUAAGAAUUUUCUAAAUUUUCCCAGAGAAUAUUAGCCAAUAUGUUCGCUGCUGUACGCUCGGCCGUGACCAAGUCAUCGGACAAAAAAGUUAUAUCACUCCUCCAGCAAGUUAAUCGCGAAUAUGCUGCUAAAGCUGCCGCUGCCGCUGGUGCCGUUAGCAAUGGCAAAAUUGUUGCCGUUAUUGGUGCCGUCGUCGAUGUCCAAUUCGAUCAAGAUUUGCCCCCAAUUCUAAAUGCCCUAGAAGUAGACAAAAGGACACCCCGUUUGGUCCUUGAAGUCGCCCAACAUUUGGGAGAAAACACCGUCCGUACCAUUGCCAUGGACGGUACCGAAGGUUUGGUCCGUGGCCAGAAAGUCGUCGACACUGGCUUCCCCAUCCGUAUCCCAGUCGGUGCUGAGACUUUGGGUCGCAUCAUCAACGUCAUCGGUGAACCCAUCGAUGAACGUGGUCCCAUUCCAACCGACAAGACCGCCCCCAUCCACGCCGAAGCUCCCGAAUUCGUCGAGAUGAGUGUCGAACAAGAAAUCCUUGUCACUGGAAUCAAGGUCGUCGACUUGCUCGCUCCCUACGCCAAGGGUGGUAAAAUUGGUCUGUUCGGUGGUGCCGGAGUCGGCAAAACCGUACUUAUCAUGGAGUUGAUUAACAACGUUGCCAAGGCCCAUGGUGGUUACUCUGUAUUCGCCGGAGUCGGAGAACGUACCCGUGAGGGAAACGAUCUCUACAAUGAAAUGAUUGAGGGUGGUGUCAUCUCGUUGAAGGACAAGUCCUCCAAGGUAGCCCUUGUCUACGGUCAAAUGAACGAACCCCCAGGCGCUCGUGCCCGUGUCGCCUUGACUGGAUUGACCGUUGCCGAGUAUUUCCGUGAUCAAGAAGGACAGGAUGUACUUCUUUUCAUUGACAACAUUUUCCGUUUCACUCAAGCCGGUUCUGAGGUGUCUGCUUUGUUGGGUCGUAUUCCAUCUGCUGUCGGUUACCAGCCAACUUUGGCCACUGACAUGGGUUCUAUGCAGGAACGUAUUACCACCACCAAGAAGGGUUCCAUUACUUCAGUGCAGGCUAUUUAUGUGCCAGCUGAUGAUUUGACUGAUCCCGCUCCAGCUACAACAUUCGCUCAUUUGGACGCUACAACUGUGUUGUCGCGUGCUAUUGCUGAAUUGGGUAUCUACCCAGCUGUGGAUCCUCUCGAUUCCACUUCCCGUAUUAUGGAUCCCAACAUCAUUGGAAACGAACAUUACAAUGUUGCUCGUGGUGUGCAAAAGAUCUUGCAAGAUUACAAAUCACUUCAAGAUAUUAUUGCUAUCUUGGGUAUGGAUGAAUUGUCUGAGGAAGAUAAAUUGACUGUUGCCCGUGCCAGGAAGAUCCAACGUUUCUUGUCACAGCCUUUCCAAGUUGCUGAAGUUUUCACCGGUCAUGCUGGUAAAUUGGUACCAUUGGAAGAAACUAUUAAGGGAUUCACACAGAUUUUGGCUGGUGAAUAUGAUCAUUUGCCAGAAGUUGCAUUCUAUAUGGUUGGACCAAUUGAGGAGGUUGUUGAGAAGGCUGAACGUUUGGCCAAGGAAGCUGCUGCUUAAGGAGGAUUUUAACUAGCCACUACCUACAAAUAACAACAAAGGGAAGGGGGAGUUCUUUCAUAUAUCUUAAGUAAUUAAACAAAAAAAAUAUUAAUAAAAAACAAGUUAUCUUUUUCUUUUCCUUCCUAAUAAUUAGGCAUUUAAUAACAUGUGAGCCAUAAAAAGAAAGUGAAUUAAAUAAAAAUCUGAAUUUGGCGAAAAAGAA